UCCUCUUACACCGUUUUGCUCAACUAGCAUCAGUCAUAAAACAACUGUUUAUAUGUUUGUGUAUUUGUAAGUGAAUAUAUUUUAUUGUGUAUAUUUUACAAAAGAUUUAUACAAUGUCAAUUUUUUGUGUCUAAUGUAUCCAAUUUAUUUCUAUAUCUUUUUUCUGUUGUAUUGUAUGGCUAUGUUUAUCUGCUCACGCAAACCAAUUUCCCCAGUUAAUAUAUAUUGUCGCCGUCGCGGAAACGAGCCACCACCGCUAGGAGGCGAAGCUGCAGCAAAUUCAUUGUAACUUUUAAUCAUUAAAUCCUCUAAAUACACGGUUAAAUUAUAUAUUGUUUGAAAGCUUAAACUCUCAUGAUUUUAUUAAGCCCACACACAAAGCAUAAUAUGAUUUAUAGCCGUCAUAAUAAUUUAAUCAAUUUGAUAGCCACCGGAACUAGGCGGCGCUAGUUCGGUCUGUUUACUUACCAUUAAACGCUUCCCUUUCUUCACUGGGGUAAUAUUUUCCGAAACAAAAUGCUUGUAAAAACCCCCAAGAGUUUAAGGAACUGGAAUAUGUAAGCGUUUUAAUCAAAAACGCUUUGCUCGCCUCACAAAUAUUACGUUUCUGACCGAAAACUGCGAACAGUACUUCACUUCCGCCCAUUCUUUCGGCUCUCACUGCUCAUUGGAGGCUUAAAAAACUACACUUGGGCAUCAGAUUUGUAGUCCAGGGUCUAACGAAUCAAACAAGCUCUCUCAUGAGCCAAUCGGUGCCUGUGAUGCAGAGAUAGGCAGCUAAGAAGCCAAUGAUGUCUCUCCAGCCUAUGUGGGACACCCUCUCUUUGAUUGACAUUUGCUCCCUCCAGUAGCGAUUGCAUGAUCCGUGAGUGUCAUAGCUCUGUAGCCAAUAAACAGUCGAUUCCAGCGAUAUAUGAUAUGCACCAUCAGGUAAAGGGGUGUGGCUGUUAGAGCCGUGCGUAUAAACAUGUCUCCAGAUGCGUAAAGCGUGCGCCCUCACACACAGCUGUUAGUGUUGGUGUUAUUGCGGAAAGUGACGUUGGUGCGGUUUUUGGACAACUUGUACGUAUUUUUGAAAAGUUUGCCAAGAAUUUCCAAAUGGAAGGCAAAAAGUCUUUCACGCCUGAUCAGGUCGCCAAAAUGAUGUGCGAAAUAUCCGAAGAUGAUUUUUCGUCCUCGGCAGAGAGCGAUUUAUCUAUGGAUUCAGAUGCUGAUGAGGAUUUCCUAAAAGGAAGAGAUCCUGAUCUAGAAGAUCCUGAUCUAGAGUCAGAGUCAUCAGACUCAGAUUGGCAGUCAGAGAGAAAGAGGCCCAUGAGGACCCCAGUGACUGUGGAGGAGGAAGACCUGGAACCCCAACCCUCUAGCUCCACACAGCCUGCAAGACAUGGCAGAGGAAGAGGCAGAGGAAGAGGAAGAGGCAGAGGAAGAGGCAGAGGGAGAGCAGGAGGGAGAAGCACUCCGAGUUCUGGACUUGAAGGUGCAUGGCAGGGCACUGAUGUGGAGGACAUCACUCCUGAUCAGCCAUCCUUCCACCCAGCACGCACACCUGGUGGCCAGCUCAUGGGUGGUGUAAAAUACACCAUCCUACAAUUGUUCAAAUUAUUCAUGACAAAUAACAUUCUCAAAGACAUCAUGAACAAUUCUAACAAAUAUGGAGAAAGGAAUCACCCGGACACAUUCCAGAGGAUCACCAUGGCAGAGAUGAUGUCCUACCUCGCGAUGAUCAUAUAUAUGGGAAUGCUCAAGAGAACAGCAAUCACUGACUAUUGGAGAAGGAAUGAGCUGUAUGCCUUGUCUUUUCCCUCAAGUGUGAUCUCCGGGCGCCGCUUCAGAGCCAUCUCUCGCGCCCUCCAUCUCAGUGACCCUGGUGAAGAUGCUGCCAACGACUCAAGAAGAGGCACCGCUGGGUACGAUAGGCUUGGCAAAAUAAAGCCAUUGUACCAGGAGUUCAGGCAGAUGUGCAUGGCACAUUAUCAACCCCACCAGUGCAUUUCAAUCAAUGAGAGGAUGGUCGCCUUCAAAGCCCGCAGUGGAAUCCACCAGAAGAAUAAGCCCGUGGUGGAGUGGGGUUAUAAGCUGUUUGUGCUGGUGGAUUCCACCAGUGGUUACACCUGGGACUUCAUCUAUGAAGGCAGGGGAGCACCAAUCAACAAGGGGCUCAGCUAUGACUCCGUCAUGCGUCUCACAAAUACGCAUUUGCUUGGUACCGGGUACAAGUUAUUUGUAGAUAACUUUUACACAAGCCCAGAUCUCUUUCGUGACCUCCUGCAAAAGAAGAUCUGGGCCUGCGGUACCAUUCGCGGACAGCGUAUUGGGUUCCCCAAAGACAGGCCAGGCGGGCUUGUGAGGUCGUCUCCCCGGGGCACCAUUCGCUGGAUCCGUGAGGGGCCCCUGGUGUUUGUGCAGUGGAGGGACACCAGAGAUGUGCUGAUGUGUUCCACGCUUCAUGCAGCACAUGGGGACGAUAGUGUCCGGAGACAGAUCAAGGGGGCAGAUGGGCAGUGGCGUGUGCAGGAUAUCGCCAUUCCACCAGCCAUCAAGGAUUUCAACAGGAACAUGGGUGGUGUGGACCUGUCAGAUGCCAUGAUCGAGUAUUACUCUGUCCUGCACAAAACCAAGAAGUGGUACCGGUCUUUCCUGUACCACUUCAUCGACAUCGCCAUCGUCAAUGCCUUCAUCCUGUACAAGGAGAUCGCCACUGCAAGGCAGGAGAAGGUGAUGUCCCUCAAGGCCUUUCAGGAGACCCUGGUGAUGGAGCUGACAGAAGCUGGGUCUACCACCACAGCCCCUCCACAGCCACCCCCUCCUGCUCCCCAAGGUGCCUCACACAAGCUUGUUCACUUUUCACAGGAUGGCACCGUAGGUCGGAGGAGGUGUGUCCACUGCCACCGGACGACCACAGUAAAGUGCACCUCCUGCGACGUAUGCCUGUGCUUCACAAUAAACAGGGACUGUUACAAUACAUGGCACACCAUGAAGAAUUUCUAACUUUUCUAUAACGUGUAAAUAUUUCUUGUGUGUGUGUUUUGUAUUUUGCACAGUUUUUGUAAAUGAUGUAAAUAGACAUCAUAGACAGUGCAUUUUGUGUGCCCUUUUUUUUUUUAUCAAAAUCUCAGGAGGAAUGGAAGAAAAUGUGUUUUUUUGUGGUUAUGCUAAUGUAAAUUUGUGCCUAAUUGACUGACAUCAAAUCCAACAUACACAACAGUUUCCAGUAAGCUUUCAUCAGAUACCAAGAUUAUGUUUCUAGGCAAAGGGGUUCAAAGGUUAUAAGCCUUGGAAACUCUGGGUACCCAAGGUUCAUUUUGGAGUCUCCAAAUGGCACAAAGACACAAAAACGCGUGGACAUACCUGUAGAAAAUAUUCAUAUAAAAUCCAUUUUUGAGUCUUUUGACUUCAAACUUUUUAUGUGAAAUAUAAGACAUGUGGCUAUGACCCUGAGUUGUUCUUCAGCUCCUGACAUGUGUUUACAGUAGUGUAUUUUAGUCAGUUUUCAGAAAAAUUAUUUGGGCGGAAAUGAAAUCCUCCAUUCUAGCCUCUGUAACUCUGUGUCAGUAAUCACACUGACACUUGUAUCAGAAACUAGAGAUGGUCUUCUUUCCAAUGAGUUAGAGCAUGCUAGCUAACUAGUUUUAUAAACAUACGUCCUGUACAUUUAUGAAUGCUGCUUGGUUUUACUGAAGCAGAUUAUGAACCUUUAUAAACAGUGUAACAAGUG